AUGUCGCUGAAGGUCCAGACCAGUAACGUGACCAACAAGAACGACCCCAAGUCCAUCAACUCGCGGGUGUUCAUCGGGAACCUCAACACGGCGGUGGUGAAGAAGUCGGAUGUGGAGAGCAUCUUCUCCAAGUACGGCCGCGUGCUGGGCUGCUCCGUGCACAAGGGCUACGCCUUCAUCCAGUACGCCGGCGAGCGGCACGCCCGGGGCGCCGUGGUCGGGGAGAACGGCCGGGUGCUGGCGGGACAGACGCUCGACGUCAACAUGGCAGGAGAACCGAAGCCAACUAGACCGAAAGUCCUAAAGAGAUCUGCAGCUUCUCUCUACAGCGGCUACGAGUUUGACUACGAUUACUACAGAGAAGAAUUCUAUGACAGGUUGUUUGAGUUCCGUGGCCGGGUGUCUCCGGUUCCCCGGGUGGUGCCCGUCAAACGCCCGCGGCUGGCAGUGCCCCUGGUGCGACGAGUCAAGUCCCUGCCGGUCAAGCUGCUGGCGCGGAACGCCUCGGUGCUCCCGACCAGCAACGGGAACAAACAGAGAUCAGCAGUGAGAGGUGCAGAGCUUCGGGCGAUCAAGUCCGAGUUGACUCAGAUUAAAACCAACAUCGAAGCGUUGCUGGGCAGACUGGAGCAGAUCACAGAAGACGCACACAUCACCGCCACAGAACUGAGGAAGGCAGACGAGUGUAAAAGUGAGGAGGCGUGGCAGGAAGGGGAGGAGUCGAGCUCAGAGCUGGACGACGAAGAGGAGGAGCAGAGACAGAACAGUGAAGCUGAGGAGGAGGAGGAGGAAGAAGAUGAGGAAGAGGAGGGAGAGCACACACAAGAUGACGCCCACGACCACAUGGAAAACAGUCGCCUAUCAUCAGAGAUGGAUUCCCUUCACCCCUGAGACGUAGUGAGGCCUGU